AUGGCAGACACAAAGAUUUAUCAAGCUAGUACAACGGCUCCAGUCAAUAUCGCGGUAGUCAAAUAUUGGGGAAAACGUGAUGCGAAGCUAAACCUCCCAACAAACUCUUCCAUCUCAGUAACUCUCUCCCAAAAUGACCUCCGCACCCAUACCACUGCUUCUUGCUCUUCCACCUUCACCGAAGAUACCCUCCUCCUCAAUGGCUCCCCCCAAGAUAUUUCCAAUGCCCGCACUCAAGCCUGUUUCCGCGAACUUCGCUCCUUACGCUCUGCUCUCGAGGAAGCCGAUUCUUCCCUCCCAAAACUUGCAUCUUAUCCUCUAAAGAUCAUCUCAGAAAACAACUUCCCUACUGCUGCAGGUCUCGCUUCGUCUGCCGCUGGCUUUGCGGCGCUCGUUAGAGCUAUUGCGAACUUGUAUGAGUUGAAAUCCAAUCCUACUGAACUAUCAAGAAUUGCGAGACAGGGCAGCGGUUCUGCCUGUCGUUCUUUGUUUGGUGGUUAUGUGGCUUGGGAGAUGGGCCAGAAAGAAGACGGAUCUGAUUCUGUUGCUGUCGAAGUUGCACCCGCUUCCCACUGGCCUACUAUGCGCGCUCUCAUCCUCGUAGUUUCUGCGGAGAAAAAGGGAGUUUCCAGUACCUCUGGUAUGCAAAUCACAGUAGCGACAUCGAAACUUUUUAAACAAAGAGCGGAGAAUGUAGUUCCGGAACAUAUGAAGGAAAUGGAGAGAGCAAUUAAAGAGAAAGAUUUCGAGGGGUUUGCAAAGGUCACCAUGAUGGAUAGUAAUAGUUUCCACGCAACGUGUUUGGAUACAUUCCCACCAAUUUUCUAUUUGAAUGAUGUUAGUAGGGCAGCCAUUAGAGCUGUUGAGGAUAUUAACAAAGCCGCUGGAAAGACGGUUGCGGCGUAUACUUUUGAUGCGGGUCCAAAUGCUGUUAUUUACUUUGAGGAGGAGAACAUUGACUUGGUGGCUGGUGCAUUGAAGAGUGUGUUGGAGGGUGUAGAUGGAUGGAAUGGAAAGGAGGUAGAGAGCAAGAGCGCCGAGCAUAUUGAUGAGAGGGCGCAAAAGGUUUUGAAAGAUGGUGUCAGCAGGGUUAUUUUGACUGGUGUUGGCGGGGGUCCUGAGAUGACUGAGAAACAUUUGACUGCUUAA